AUGGAGAGACUCUUCUGGGCUGACUCAUCGCCGGAUUGGAAUGCACGGAAUAUGUCUCGUAUUGUUGCCGCUUUGAAAUCUGAGAUCGGAAGGCGAAGUGACUUUGUUUGCAUAUACUUCUAUUUCCACGAAGGAGACGACAGGUCGCCCCCGGUCGGCCGAAUCUGGUCAACGCUAUUACUGCAACUGUUACAACAUUCACCCAAUAUUUCAGAGGAGCUCAAAAACAAGUUCAGCAACUCUGUGCGUGUCUCAGCUUCUAUUCAUCAGACUGAGUACCUCGGCCUAUUCAUAGCUCAGGCCUCGAUGUUCGAUACCGUGUAUUUGAUAAUUGAUGCUCUUGAUAGUUGUACAAACAGCAAAGAUGAGCGAACUCGACAUUUGUUGCAAGAAGGUUUGCGCAAACUACCUGGAAACGUUCGAGUUCUCAUUACGGUUAGGCGGGACUCUCUAUUCGAUGACCUCGGAAUAAGUCAGAAAAUAGAGGUCAAACCUUGCGAGCAGGAUGUCAAAACCUACAUCGAAUAUGAGAUCAACAAAGACAACGAACUUCUUCAGAUCCUUUCAAACCGGGACCACCAAGAGAAUGUGGUUAGUAGGGUUACGAAUUUGACUUUGGAAAGUGGAAUGUUCCUUCUCGCCAACUUGCACUUGAAUAAUCUCAGAAAUCGAGGCACUGUAACAGACAUAAAGGCUGCCCUUCAGCAGCUUCCUACGACAUCAGACGGAUCCUUCGAGAUAUCUGUUCGGAAGAUUCUUCGUACUUCCAGUCCUUUCCAAAUAGACCUAGCUAGACACGUUUUUACUUGGGUAGUUUACGCCAAAACUGGUUUGACUAUAAGUCAAAUUCGAGACAGCUUCAGCAUUCAGACCAGAAAUGGAAAACAGUAUCAAGACUCUCGGCCACCAGAGAACGCAAUAUUGUCCGCUUGUGCUGGUCUCAUUGUUGAGGACCAGGAAACAAAAACCUUGAGACUUGUCCACGAGUCUGUAAAGGAUCAUCUUCAAAAGAACAAGUUAUUUCUGGAGAAUCCUAAUCUAAAUAUCGCCAAGUCAUGCCUGACCUCUCUCUUGAUGGGGGACUCAGAACAACUGCGCAAACCAUUGCUCGAAUAUUCUGCAACGCAUUGGUGUUCACAUCUUUCCAAGCCGUUUGACACAGAUAUAGGAAAACUAGUCAGAAAAUUCUUACUGGAUAACUCCAGUUUGGAGAGAGCCUUCAAGAUGAUUACUGAAUUCCCUUCAGAGACAUGCUAUGGAAUGACGGGUUUGCAUGCCGCAGUGUGGUUCAACCGGUCUUCGUGGAUCAAACAUCUUAUCGAAUCGGGUGCAGAUAUUAACUCCUCAUGCUCAAACGGCCAAACUGCUUUACACUGGGCUGCGGUGCAUGGGAGAUAUGAAGUUCUGUAUUACCUGGUUAAGCAUCACGCGGAAACAAACAUCACAGACGCAAAUGGCGAAACAGCAUUGCAUAAAUUACUUUUGGGGCCCACAACUGAUGGACUUUGCGCUGCACGUUCUCUUGUCCGUCGCGGUGCUAGCCUCGACAUCAAAUCAAACAAAGGUUUGACACCUUUAUCAUCCGCCAUUCGUUAUGGUCCAACCUCAAUUGCUUUGCUGCUGGUUGAUAGCCAGGAGAAUGUAGAUGUGGAGCUGGCAGAAGGCUGGACAUCAUUGCGAGAGGUUUUCUUUCACGCGCAUGAGAUGAGCCGAGAAUUAGCUCUUACUCGUCGCAAUCAAACUUCUGACGAUGGCUGGUGUGCUUUAAGAGAUGCAGUCAGGACUCAUGUGUCAUGUUUGAUUGACCUUCUUUUGGAAAAAGGCGUGGAUCUUAAUCGUCCCACAAAAGAUGGCUGGUUACCAGUAAUGCACCUUGUUAAGAACGGAAAUCCGGAAUUGCUUCAACGGUUGCUUGAGCGUCACCCCAAUCCAGCGGAUGCGAACCAAAGAGAAAAGGAUGAUGGCGGAUCUGCUCUCUACUGGGCCCUCUGCUACAGGAAAUAUCAUGAGACAGAGUUGCUUCUCAGCCACGGGGCAGAUGUCAAUGAGAAGGGACCUGAUGGUAGUACACCGUUGAUCCAGGCUAUCUCCAAUAAGAAAGAAGCUUUGGUUUGGCUAUUCAUUAGGAACGGUGCAAACGUCAACGGACAGGAUGACAGGGGUUGGUCGCCUCUGCACCAUGCUGUGGAAGCCCAGAGCAAAGACAUAGCCUGGCUUCUAAUAACAAACAAAGCAAAUGCGAAGCUGGGUCAACACGACAAUCCGAGUCCUCUUCUUAUGGCAUUAAAAAGUUCUCAAUACGCCAUAGCCUGGUUACUUUGUCAAAACGGAGCCGACAUUGAUGAAGUCGAUGAAAAGAACAUGACUCUAUUGCAUCGAGCUUGUGAUGGAGGACGAGUAAACGAAGUUGAGUUUCUGCUAAGCAAUGGGGCCAAUCUAGGAGUUAAAGACACCGCCGGUUUCACAGCUCUACAUUAUGCCGUUCUUAGUGAUCAGGAGAAGGUAUUAAAUGCAGUUCUGUCGCGGCGUUCUGUGGAGGACAUGAUCGAUGAGCCAGAUACGAGGGGUAACAGCGCACUGCUGAUAGCAACCAUGCGAGGGAACGUAUCGAUGAUACAGAAUCUGACGAAUCGUGGGGCCUCUCUCCAGUAUACGGAUUCGAACGCUCUGACAGCACUCCACCAUGUUGCGAGUCUGGGAUUGAAUGUUGCCCUCGAGUAUCUUGUGGCUCGAAGCAUGGCCAUCAACCAACGCGACUCACGCGGCUAUACUGUCGUUCAUCAUGCCGUCUGUAGCAGUAACACGAAUGCCGAUACCAUUAGUCUCCUUGCUGAAGGGGGAGCAAAUCUCGAAGCCUGUGACGACCAAGGGCUGACGCCACUGAUGUGGGCUGUUCACCUCGGGAAAGUCUCGCAUACUCGUGAAUUAUUGAUUCAAGGGGUCGAUCGCUAUGCUGGACUGGACACAUUAGGUUGGUCAGUCAUUGAUUUGAUUCAUUCUAAUGAGUGUCAAGGCAGAGACCACGAUGUCGUAAGAACGUUGCUUCUGGAACCCAAUUCAAGCAUACAUAUGGAUGACUAUAUCUACUAG